CACCUCUAAUUAAGCUCUCAAUGCAUUCACCAUUAACCUCCAGUGUUGAGAAUUCAAGCUAGGCAUGGCUGUUAAACUCCUCCUCAUUGCUCUGUUUGCCUUGGCUUCCUCCAGUGCAAUAUUGGCUUCCGAUCCUAGUCCCCUGCAGGACUUCUGCGUCGCCGAUCUUCAAUCAAAGGUAUUCGUAAAUGGAUUUCCAUGCAAGAACGCGGACGACGUGAGAGCGGAAGACUUCUUCCGUAGCGGCCUUGAUAGGCCCGGCGAUACCAACAACUACCUUCGCUCUAAUGUCACCCCCGUAAACGUGAACCAAAUCCCAGGGUUGAACACGCUCGGCAUCUCCUUGGUUCGCAUUGACUAUGGGCCUAAUGGUCUCAACCCUCCUCACACCCACCCACGCGCCACGGAGGUCCUCGCCGUGCUAGAAGGAGAGCUCUACGUUGGCUUUGUGACCUCCAACCUCAACGGCGGCGGCAACCGCCUCUUCACCAAGAAUUUGAAAAAAGGUGAUGUGUUUGUUUUCCCGGAGGGCCUCAUCCACUUCCAGUUUAACACAGGGAAAACUGAUGCGAUCGCGUUCGCCGGCCUCAGUAGCCAAAACCCAGGCGUCAUCACUAUCGCCAACGCUGUGUUCGGGUCGAGGCCACCCAUUUCUGAUGAUGUGCUCGCCAAGGCUUUCCAAGUGGACAAAAACCUUAUUGACUGGCUCCAGGCGCAGUUCUGGACCGACAACAACUACUAGAAACCUGCUUUCGUGUUGAUGUUAUAUAUGUUGGAAUAAGAAAGCCAACAGGAGUGUCCCGACUGUUAGCAUGCGAUGUUAUAAUUUUAUAUAUCAGUUAAAAUCAAUAUAUGUAAUGAAUAAAAAGACAACUUGAUGAGAUGGUCUACUAGAAUAUAAUAAUAUUUUAUUCAAAUUUGGGCUGUCUAAA